AUGGCGGACGAAGACAGUUGCAUCAGCAGAUUCUUCAAAGGAGACGUCGGCGAAAUCGACAGAAUAAGCCCAGACAGAUUUAUGAUAUCCGCAUUAAAAACACUCGAUUAUUCGCAAGAUAUUAGCCAAACAUCAAUAGACUCGCAAUCAGACCUGUUAAGUAUGACGCAAUUAACAAUAGAUGAGCCGGAACCACUUAACAUAAGACCAUUUUAUAACAUAACUAUUCGUGAAAUGCCUACUUCGCCUCAUUACGUUAUAGAAGAAGAAUUUUCCCAAAACCCCUGGGCGUUGCUAAUAGCUACGAUUUUUUUAACGAAAACGCCUGCGAGAAACGCUAGGCGCUACAUCAAAAGCUUUUUUGAAGAAUAUCAGACUCCUUACGACGUGCUGAGCGAUAGCCCGACAUCUUUAGAAAGAUUUUUCGAAAGUUUAGGGCUUAGAAAACGAGGGCAUAUGAUAUGGAAACUAAGUUACCAGUUUGUUUCGUCAAAAUGGCGACGCGCUAGUGAUCUGUGUGGUAUUGGAAAGUAUGGUGAAGACGCUUACAGAAUUUUCUGCUUGGGUCAUAUAGAUGUAGAUCCAGGAGACAGAUACUUAAAGCUUUAUUUAGAUUGGUUGCGAACUCAUACGGAAUUCUUUGAGGAUAAUGGAAUUGUGCCGUAUUGUGAAUGUGUUAUUGAAGAUCCUAUCCUAAAAUAUUACAGAAUAACGCUUAGAGACGGAGAUUAG